AUGAAGAAACAUUCUUCAGGAUCGUCCUCAAAGAUUGCAUCAGCAGUUCUUCCUUAUCAAACCCCAAGACUCCGAGAUCAUUACAAUUUGGGGAGAAAAUUAGGCCAAGGCCAAUUCGGAACGACUUAUCAUUGCACAGAGAAGGCCACAGGCAUUGAAUAUGCAUGUAAAUCGAUCCCAAAACGCAAGCUUUUGUGCAGGGACGAUUACGAUGAUGUUUGGAGGGAAAUUCAAAUAAUGCACCACUUGUCGGAGCAUCCUCAUGUUGUGAGGAUUAAAGGGACUUACGAAGACAAUGUGUUUGUUCAUUUGGUUAUGGAAUUGUGUGCAGGUGGCGAGCUUUUCGAUAGGAUUGUUCAAAAGGGCCAUUACAGCGAGAAAAAAGCAGCUCACCUUAUGAAAACAAUUGUUGGGGUGGUCGAGGCUUGUCAUUCUCUUGGUGUAAUGCAUAGGGAUCUUAAGCCGGAAAAUUUUCUUUUCGAUACUCCUGACGAGGAUGCAAAGCUUAAGGCUACAGAUUUUGGAUUAUCAGUUUUCUUCAAACCUGGACAAUAUCUUUCUGAUGUAGUUGGAAGUCCCUACUAUGUUGCGCCUGAAGUGUUGCAUAAAUAUUACGGCCAUGAAAGUGAUGUAUGGAGCGCAGGCGUUAUCCUCUACAUAUUAUUAUGUGGUGUUCCGCCAUUUUGGGCUGAGACAGAUAAUGGUAUCUUCAGACAAAUUCUGAAAGGGAAAAUAGAUUUCGAAUCUGAACCAUGGCCAAACAUUUCAGAUAGUGCAAAAGAUCUUAUAGGAAAGAUGCUCGAUAGAGACCCUAGAAGUCGAAUAUCUGCUCAUGAAGUCCUAUGUCAUCCUUGGAUUGUGGAUGAUACAGUUGCCCCGGACAAACCUUUAGGAUCUGCGGUACUCUCACGCCUAAAACAGUUCUGCGCCAUGAACAAACUUAAAAAGAUGGCACUGCGUGUCAUAGCAGAAAGACUUUCAGAAGAAGAAAUCGGUGGAUUGAGACAAUUGUUCAAGAUGAUUGAUACAGAUAAUAGUGGGACAAUAACGUUUGAGGAACUUAAACAAGGUCUAAAGAGAGUCGGCUCUGAAUUAAUGGAAUCCGAAAUCAAGGCACUUAUGAACGCGGCUGAUAUUGACAACAACGGGACUAUUGACUAUGGUGAAUUUCUUGCUGCAACCUUACAUAUGAAUAAGAUGGAAAGGGAGGAAAAUUUGCUUGCUGCAUUUUCUUUCUUCGACAAGGAUGGAAGUGGUUAUAUCACCGUUGAUGAGCUUCAACAGGCGUGCAAGGAUUUUGGCCUCGGGGAUGUUCAUCUGGAGGACAUAAUUAGUGAAAUCGACAUAGACAAUGAUGGCCGUAUAGAUUAUGGAGAAUUUGCUACGAUGAUGAGGAAGGGUAAUGCUGGUGUUGGGGGUAGAACCAUGAGAGGCAAUUUGAACUUUAACUUGGCAGAUGCACUGGAAGUCAGAGGGAAGGAAUAA